UCACCUUCGGUGGGGCCAGUGCCCGUCGUGGAUAUGAGCCAUGUUUGAGGCCGCAACACAGGCCUAUCCCACAUUGUGGGUACGUGCAACGUUUAGUCAUGAUCAUCAUCGUCAUUGCGCCCGAAAGAACGUGCCACUCCCUGGUGAACGAGAACGAAAUGACGGACAUGCCUUGCUGCUCCAGGCUCUUCGUUCUCCUGAGCGCGCUCUUGGCCACAGCUGUGCCCCUCCUGCAGCCUGCCCUCACGAAAGAAGGCUUUGAAGAUGUGUUUUCUCCAUUUAGGUACGAUGCUCCCGGCGUCGAGAUCCCGGAUGAACCUGUCACGAGGGAGAACGUGACGGCCACCACGACCGCCGAAGGACAAGACUCCAGUGCGGCACCUCGGGGUCUGGGCCAUCCGUGCGCCCGCGACGGCGACUGCAUAGCGACGAGGGGCCUCACGUGCAAGGAGUGGCUGUGCGCAUGCGCCCCCAUCACGCCGGUUAGGGUCGAGGUCCGAGGAGUGGACACCUGCCUGUCAGCCAAGUCCCUGUACGAGUCGUGCCACUACCACCAGGAGUGCAGCUACCGGAGCGCCAACAUGCGCUGCGUCGACUCCGUUUGCUACUGCCCGCAGCCCUUCGAGCUGGGAGGGAACGGCGAAUGCCUCGAGUCCAGACCCUCAUCGGGCAAGACCUUCGCUUCGGUCGCACCAGCAACCAUUUUACUCGUUAUCACGUUGGGAAUCGCAGUUGCCUUCAUCUCUAGGAGGCUGUUUCUUGGUGGCAAACGGGAGGAAGCGGAACGCGAUGCCGAGAUACCGUGGAACCAGAACCGUGACCGCCAUGGCAUUCGGCCGAAGAGCGCGACUAUGUCUCGGCCACGAUCGUUCGUGCCGUCGCCUUCCGUAAGGAGGCGACUGCGGGCCUUGUGGGAGAACGGCGAGUGGAGCCGCUCGGAGGAGCCUCCCCUCCCCCGCAUCAUCCGCAUACCGCCUGACCGCUGGCAGCAAACCUCUUCGAGCCCCCGUAAAGGGGGCUCACCGGCGCCUUCGACGAGCGCCAAGACCAGUGCGGCAACGCGGGCGUCUGGCAGUGACAAGACGUCACCCGGGGCUCCCUGCGAGAAGUCGCCCCUGGUUCAGGGGCCGCCACUGCAGGAGCCGCCGCCGCUUUCCGCAGCAUGGCUCGCGCAGAAGCUGCUCGCUUCGAACUUGCACAACGCCUGGGCCGAUGACGACGAUGGCAUCGUCGUACGCGUCCAGCGGGAAGACAAGAAAGCGUCGGCGAUGGCAACGUCGCAGUCGCACCCUCCGCAGAGACGUAACCACCGCUCAGACGUAGGCGUCCUACGGGAAGAUCAGAAAGUGUCGCCGACGGCUACGUCGCAGUCGAAGCCCCCGCAGGGACGUGACGAGCGUUCACUCCUCCCGCCCUCCGACAGCAGUUCCAAGACCCGCGCAACACUUCGAGAAGGCGAGGGUCCCGACGAAGGCGGCGGCAGCAGUUCGUCACUGCCCAUCGAGUGGGACACGACAUUGGCGACCCGUCGUGGAAAUUCUCUUGAGUGCAAUUUGCCUGCGGCGUCGGCCACUGACCCAGAGACUAGAGACAGCGAUGAACCCGGAGAUGACGUCCCCUUCGAUAUUACCUCAUCGUUGCUGCCUUUUCACCCGUCCAGGGACGUCGAGAAGGCCCCUUCGCUGCCGCGGUACUCCCUGCAGCCUGCGUCCGUACCGAUCCCGAAGAACGCCGACGACGCCACCCACGCCGAGCGGAGCUGUGUCAGGUUGGGCUCGCUGAAGGCAGAGACGCGGUGGCUUUCGAAAAGCGUGGGGCCCCCCUUCUCACGAGCGCGCUUGGCAUUGGCCAGACCACAGCAGCGGCACAAGUCGGCACCUCCGUUAGGGGCAUCGAACGCGUCUCCCGUGGCGCUGGGCGACCGCGAUAUCUCCGGGCAAGAGAGGAAGGUGCAGGGACAGAUCCUCGCACCCGAUGUCAGCAACCGGCUAGGCCUGGCCACCCCCUUCGCGGACAUCAGCGAGGACCCUCUCUCGGACACCGCGUCCGUUGCGCUCUCUUUCCUUUCGCCGACAUCGUCGCCCAGCAGCGAUGUGACGCUGCCCAGGCCGGACAUCGAUAGCGCCAUGAUCAGGGCGGCGGACGCGGUAGAGACGGACGAUGAUGGCGUUGCCUCCAAAGAUCUGGCGGGAGACGCUCGACUGGUGGAGACGUUCGUGGCCUCGGCGUUGGAAGACGCAUCCUUGAGCGACGGGGCGCCGCCCUCACUGCCACUGAGUGGUGCGGAACGGGUGGCUCACGAGGAAGCGCGCGUCGCCAUGAUGGUCGAGGCACGGUGUGUUCGCGCCACCCCAUCGAGACCUGGAUCGUCAGCGCGCGGGUGGAAGGUUAACCCUUCGUCGCAGACUUCCCUGAAGCGCCUGUUCCCGAUUGCUGCUCGGAGAGGUCGAAAUGGCUCUCGUAGUACGACACCGAACGGCCAUACCAAGGAAGUGCAAGCAGACCACAGCUCGUCGUCCUCCACGGACAUCGACAACCUGGCCGAGAUGCUCACCAGCCUCAAGGUCGCCCAGCUGUACAGCAGCCACCGCCGGGCCGAGCGUACGCUGCUACGCGAGUAUUCUGUUGGCAUGGUGAACAGGAUUGCACCGGCUGCGGCACCCUCGCUUCCUACGCGAGCGGAUUCUGCAAAUGGACUGCGCUCCACACGAUCGGCUUCGCACGCAGCAGCAGUGAUCGACGCUCCAGCGCGUCUGGAAGACGCGUGUGAAGCCGAGCAAACAGCGCGUAAUGUGGAAACGGGACCGACGCCUGCCGUAGCUGCACGGUUUUCCGUGCCCGAGCCCGCUAAAGUGGUGGUUGCGGUGCCGGAGUUAUCGCCGCUCACGGACUCCGGUAGAAAGCGUGCCGACAAGGAGGAGGACAAUGCGGAGUGCGCCUCGUCCGAACACCAGCCGCCUCCGGCCCUGCCCUCGCUUUCCGAGGAGGACGAGGCCGCCGACGCGACGACGUCGUCCCAGCCGCCCUCGAAGCACCGCGGCAGCUCUUUGCUGGCGCAGCUGCACCGCAAUCGCACCGCCAACAGUCGCCUGGUGCCCCCCGCGGCCCCCACCUUCAGGCCAGCGCCUCAGAAGAGGUCCAUCCGCUUCCGCAGGACCGCGUCGAGCCAGCUGCAGGUAAUCGCCGAAGUGCUGCACAGCGUCGAGACGCAGGCCCCAUCUGAGCCCCUGCGCUCCAAGGUGCCCUUCUCUGGCGAGGGAGAGGCAGUCCGCACAGAUUCGGCGAAGCGCAAGGACACGCCUGAGGUACCGCACGGCGAGGGCAGCAAAGAGACAAUUGCCCACUCCCAGUCGAUAGAGAGGGUUUCCUCUCCGCCGCACCAUUUCUCCGAUGGCUGCGCUGUGGCGUUGGAACGCAGGAUGCAGCCACCGAAUGCGUCGAGCGAUGUCCAUUACGAGCCUCUGCGGUCUCGCAGCCCCUUUGCCGUGGAGAAGCACAUCGCAGAGCCACUGCCCGAGUUCCAGGCUGCCGUCACUAGGAACGCGGAUGGUGGCAGCUCUGGCGGAGAGUUUCGGCCCAAUGAAAGAAAUGUGUCUGCGCACAGUUCCGUCUCGCCGUACUCCAGCAGCAUCGAUGGCGGAGCCUACGACACCAAGGCUUUCACGUCCAGCUUUAUUCCGACGAUACCGACAACCGGCGGCACAGCAGGGCGAAACGAGUUGGCGCCAUCCAUUCAGGGCGAGCCUCCGUCAUACUGCUGGUCUCGCUUUUGGUCGGGCCUGGCCGCGUUCGUCGCUACGGCACAGCCCAGCCCCGACAGCGCGGCCAUCGCAGACCUGCCCGAGAGACACGCCUCCCUAUCGACGACGCCCGAAGACACCUGUACAGCAGCAACCGGCAGUGAAGCCUCCGGCCUAGCCACGCUGAAGGCUUUCUCGGGCGACAAGCAGCGGAACGUGUCGAAUAGCCGAGCUCCUUCCACAGCAGGAAGAAGCCGUCCACACGAGGGAUCCAACGACGGCGGUGACACGAGAACGCAGGCAUCAGUCAUCGUGCCGCCAGCGGUGCCGCCUAGAAAGACCAAGAACAUUCAGCUAGACGGCGCCAUCGGCUCUACAGACCCGUCAUCUACCCUUGGCGUGUCACUACCUCGCCAUGAACUCGACGAUCGUCCUGGUUCCUUAAAGGAACGAGUGUCAAAAAUGAAUGAUACUACAGAAUUCGUUGUUUCUGCGCAAGUUUCCGCGAACAUCGAAAAGAAGUGCACAGCACUGCUCGUGUCCUCUUCGUUGAAAGACUGGUCGAGUGUUCUGGGCAGUAGCGAAGCCAAUACAAAAUUAUCCGAGGCACCGACGGUGCCUUUUGCGCCAGACAUUUAUCCUACCAUGCCGUCUGCCGUGUCCAGAACAGCAACGCUGUCUGCUUGCGAAACUCGAGAGAGCAACACUCGCCGCCGGCGUUCUCCGUCGCUUUCCUCUGGCAGCCUGCGCCAAGCUACCGAGAGGGUGAGCGGCAGAGUCGGGUGUUCUGCAGCGUCACCGACCGGUUCGGCCGACGGAGCAGCGAAAACGAAGAGCACGGCAAACGGCACCACAACAAGGAGUCGCGAUCCGUCGUUCUCGCUCGAAGGAGGUCGUCACACCGACGAUGGCGAUCCUUCCGGCGCAGCUUUCGAGACGAACGGGACGUUCAUCAGCGGCCUGUACCUUUCGGAGUUCAUGAGCAAGCUGGACAUAUUCCCUCCACCCCAGCUGCAAGAACAGCCGCCGUCUGCUGCUGCCACCGACGUGUUUUCGGACGUGCUGGUCCCGCUUGGUCCUUCUAGCGAAGUCCGUGGUAGCGGCAGUCUGAGGGAAAUGGAGGCGCCUUUCCUGACAUUAUUGCCAUCUAGUGGCUUCUCCGCGGGAGUGCAUUGUGAGCGGUCGGAGCCUUCGACAUCUUUCUCGAUGGUCAAGCCUGCCCGCGUAGGCUUGCUUCCAGGGGAGGAACGGGGCACGCAGAGAGGCCAAGUGGCUCCUGAAGCGCACACAGCCGAGCCACGGCAGGAUCCCACCGCAGAGAGCGCCUUCGGUUGCUGCACCCCGAAAGCCACUCCGGUGCGGGGUCGACCGCCGACGGCGGUUUCCGAUUUUUACUCGUGCUCAUCGCGCCUGUCAGAGCGCCGACCCCACUUCUUUAUAUCCAGUGCGAAAAAGCCCAAGAAACCGCAUUUGAAUUGAGACUCUAUUAGUGCAACGUAUUAUCGUCAAUUUUACUUCAAUAUAUACACAUUUGUUUAGUGCUAAAGAACUUGUUUUGCGUUCAUAGAGUGCUUGUUAGUGAUUCGGCGUACUUAUUGAGCUCGAUCCUGUGUCCUGUGUGGUUUUGUCGACGACAUUUAAAAAAUGCGCCGGCACGCAGACUGAGCGCAAAGAGAAACACGAACAUGUGCCUGCGUGGGUGGCCGGAUGUGUUAAAUUGCACGAAGUAGAAUCAUUUCAUCGUGCUUUCAGUAUCUAACGACUUUAUAGGGUGUAUGUGAUGGAUAAAUUUAGGUUUGUGUACCCGAGCUACCUAUGCUUCAGGGCUUGUCCACGUCAAGCUUGUCCACGUCAGGUUUGCAACAAUACGUCCUUAGCGCAAUAAAGAGUUCGAACAAGGCAGUCAGUGAGCGAGUGAGCGCACAGCGACAAAUAUCUAAAGGUAGCUUUUUCGUGUCGCGGGAGG